CCCCUCUGGUAACCGCCAGCCUGUUCUCUGCCUGUUUGUUUUCUCUUGCACACUGGGUUUGGGGGCAGCCUUUUGCUUCUUUGCUUCUGUGCCUCACUUCCAGAGUUUGCCUUACGUUGCUCCCUUUGCUCAGCCAGCCUUCUCUGAUUUGGUUCCUGACUCCAUGGUUAAAACAGAAGUAAAGUCACCUGGGUUUUUUCCUUUUUUCCCCAAUUGCCUGAGCCACAGCCACUGUUUGCACCCAAGUUCCCUUUAAGGAUGUGCUGCCCCUUUUGCUGGGUCUCUUCAGUCCAGGGAGCUGAUACUCAUUUGCUCUGUAUUUUAAGCAGAAUUAUUGGUCCCUUUGCUGGUUAUAAAAAUAGUGAGGAACAUUUCAGGAGACAUAAGUAAACAGGAAGGGAAUGCCCCACAUCCCCCCGCCACAGGAGACGCUGGCUGAGAACAGUGUGGUGCAGGGGCUUAGGGACUUCUUGUGCAUAUGCAGACUGUGCUUUCUUUUUAUUUCGUGUCAUGAUUAAGUGAAUUCAUAACUAUAAUUUCUAAAACUUGCCUUUUAAUUUUUAUUUUAGGAAAUUGGGAAGUGACAAAAAUGUAAAGAAAAUGACAAAAAAUAUAAGAGUAUAAAAUGUAUGAAGAGAAAUAGCACAUGGGUAACCAUGUCUAACAUUUGUGUGUAUUUUUAUUUAUCGUUUGUGUACCUCAAUAAAAAAAGAAAUGAGAGACCUGGUACAUGAAUUUCGUGUUAAAACAUCACAUUACUACGGAUAAAAUAAAAUCUCUUUUAACUACUAUUCCCAGCCUCCAUGCCCACAAUCAGCUUUUGAGAAUCCUCCCAGGCCAUUUUAAAUUCCUUGGAGAACUUAUGUGUACAUCACACACACACUUAUGUACACAUAUAUGUGAUUUUAGGUUUUUCCUGCAAUUAUAUCUAGUGUGUUGUUUUUAACUUAGAAUAUGUUUUUGUUACUGUUGGGAGAGGCAGCGAGCACAGCCUCUGCAGCUCCCCUUUGCUUAGCCCAGUGCAAGGUGAGUGGCUGGGGCAGGGAGCGUUUCCUGGCCGGGAGAGGAAGCGCGCAGCCUGUGCUGGGCUUCUGCCUUGUGAGGGACUGUCUUUCCCUGUUCGGUGCUUCAGGUAACCCUGUGUCAGGGGCCCGCAGGCCCACCCCUGCUUUCUGUGUUUCAGACCCCACCUGCCAGGGGUCGAGGUCUUGAAGUAUGCCGCUCCAGUCCACACCGCCCGCACCGCAUCAGCGGUGAAGUGGAUCCGCUCGUGGGGGACCAGUGGCUUUCAAAGAUCCCCUUGUGUAUACUCUUUCCUCCCUCUUGCUUCUCUUGCCAGUGACGUCUGAUGACCAGCAAAUUCCAUUGUCCACCACAGUGCUGAAAAGAUUCUCUGACAUCCCAGCAGCAGCACAGCUGACAGAGGCUUGGCUUGCACUCUGCUGUAGACCCUGGACAGGAGCGAUGCCUCCAGGCAGGUGGUAUGCUGUGCGCCCAGCUCAGGCCCAGGCUUCAAGAGAGCGAGGGCGCCUUCAGAUGGUAAAGAAGGAAGAAGAGGGUGAAGGCUGCACUUCUGUGCAGGCUCCUAGGCCCCAGACGCUGAACCGUCCUGGCCAGGAGCUGUUCCGCCAGCUCUUCAGACAGCUUCGCUACCACGAAUCUUCUGGGCCCCUGGAGACUCUGAGCCGGCUCCGGGAGCUGUGCCGCUGGUGGCUGAGGCCCGACAUUCUGUCUAAGGCCCAGAUCCUGGAGCUGCUGGUGCUGGAGCAGUUCCUGAGCAUCCUGCCCAGCGAGCUCCGGACCUGGGUGCAGCUGCAUCACCCUGAGAGUGGUGGGAAGGCUGCGGCCCUGCUGGAAGAGCUGCGGAGAGACUUCAGUGGGACACCAUUGAAGGACACAGCACCUGCCCAGAGCCCAGAUGUGUGUUGGAUGGGUACAGGAGCCCUGCGAGCCGAGCAGAUAUGGCCCUCUGCUUCACCUCCCAGGAACGGCUCUGCUCUGGGGGACCACCUGGAGCCUUCCUGUGAAACAGGGGUGCAUGACUUCCUGACUGGGCAAUCCGAUCCUCCUGCUGCACAGGUGCCUGCCCUUUCCCAGGGAGAGGGGUGCCCAGGAGAUGCGGUGGCAGCCCAGCCUCAGGAGGCUCUGACUUUCAAGGAUGUGGAGGUGACCUUCUCCCAGGAUGAGUGGGGGUGGCUGGACCCUGCUCAGAGGAACCUCUACAGGGAUGUGAUGCUGGAGAACUAUGGGAACCUGGCUUCUCUGGUGGGGCCUCUCACCAAACCUGCUCUGAUCUCCUGGCUGGAGGCAAGGGAGCCGUGGGGCCUGAAGGUGGAGGCAGCUCAGCCUAAGGGGAAUCCAGGUGCUGCCCCUGCAGGAGGGGAGCUCCAGAUUAAAUCAAACAAGAUCAUCUUAAAUCCCAAACCUUUGGAAGAAGCACAGAUCUUAGCUGUGUCAUCAGGAUGUCGUGUGGUGAGUGUUUCUGAGGAAACAGAGCCCAGAGUACCUGAGGAACAGAAGAGCAUGUCACAGGAGCCAUGUGGAAAUCCCAUCCAACUGAGUGCUAAGGAAAAAGAGGGCAGUUUCAGUCACAGCACAGGAAAGGAAUCGGAGGAGGCAGGAGGCGGCAAUAGUCUUAAUCUCAAGCAUGUGGCAUAUUUGCGAGUUUCCAGAAGAAAGAGAUCCCGGAAGCAUGGCUGCGGCCGACUCUUCCGAGCGAGCUCGUACUGCUAUGACUACCAGGAGUACGGGAAGGGCCUCCGACGCAUGCUGGCCUCGUUUAGCCUCUCCCAGAGAACUCACGCUGGACUGAAAGGGACCGCGAAGGAUGUGCACAGGAAGGACUUCAGCCUGAGUUCUCAUCGCCCACGGAGUCUUCACGUGGUGGGGACGUUGUAUAAGUGCAGCGACUGUGGGAGGACCUUUAGCCGUAGCUCCCAUCUUGCGCACCAUCAGAGACUUCACACUCAGGAGAAACCGUUUAAAUGCCGGGUGUGUGGGAAAGCCUUCAGGUGGAGCUCCAAUCGUGCGCGGCAUGAGAGAAUUCACACUGGCCUGAAACCUUAUAAAUGCAGUUCAUGUGACAAAGCUUUCCAGCGCUUGUAUGCCUACCGCCUGCACCAGGAAACCCAUGCUAAUCAGAAAUUUCUCGAAUUUAGUUGGUGUAAGGAAGCUCUCAGAGCAUAUGGCUCCCGGUUGGAUCAUCAUUUGCAAGACCAAAGCGGUGAGAAGGUCUUUGACUGCAGCCAGUGCAGGAAAUCCUUCCACUGUAAAUCAUAUAUUCUCCAACAUCAAAGGAUCCACACGCAGGAGAAGCCAUAUAAAUGCACCAAAUGUAGGAAAACCUUCCGUUGGAGGUCCAACUUCUCUCGUCAUAAGAGAAUGCACCAGGAAGAGAAAUUCUAUAGUCCAGACAGGUGUAGAGACGGUGACAAGUGUAGAGACGACCACAGGCGUGGAGACAACCACAGGCGUGGAGACGACCACAGGCGUGGAGAAGACCACAGGCGUGGAGAAGAUUUCAGGGCGGCCCCCAGCUGCAAUCAGCCCCCGAGCGUGCCCCCUGUGGAGGAAGCUUUCCUGUGUCGGCCGUGUGGGAAAACUUUUACUGAGAAGAAAUCCCUCCUUAACCACCAGAGAAGCCACACGGGCGAGGGACUGUACCGAUGCAGGGAGUGUGCGGAAGAGUUUACGCACAGGUCAGACUUUAUCGCUCAUAAGCAGCAGCACGCCAUGAGCAGAAAGCCCGAGGACGGGCCUCCCCCCAGCCAGGAUGGAGUCCCCCAGGCUCCUCGGAGCAGCCCGGCCCCGGAGGCGGCCUUCCGGUGCAGCCAGUGUGGCAAAGGCUUCCGCAACCCCUCUGUCCUCCUCCUGCACCAGCGGGUUCACACCGGGGAGAAGCCCUACAAGUGCCGGGAGUGCGGGAAGGCCUUCCGGUGGAGCUCGAACCUCUCGCGGCACCAGAGGAGCCACUCUGUGGGAAAACGGUACUCCUACCACGACAGCGAGGACGCUGCAGACGUGCAGCCAGAAGUCCUCCUGGGCAAGAAGAAACCUUUCUUGUGCCAAGAGUGUGGGAAGAGCUUUACACGUAAAAGGAGUCUCUUAGAUCACAAGGGGAUCCACAGUGGAGAGAAGCGCUACAAAUGUAACCUAUGCGAGAAAUCUUACGACCGAAAUUACCGCCUGGUGAAUCAUCAGAGAAUCCACACCAAAGAGAAACCUUUCAAAUGCCAGUGGUGUGGGAAAAACUUCAUCGGAAGACACACCCUCAACAUCCAUCUGAGAAAACACACCCAGGCUGCGCCGUCUGAAAGCAGCCUGGCCAAGUCGCCUUCCUCCCGCGACAAAGGGGUGAGUUUACAGGAGUUAAAACCAAGUGGCGAGAAGCCCCAGGAAGCUUCUGAACAAGCUUGCGAGCAGAGCGCCAGGCCCACCGGACUCCAGAACAUACCCGCAGGGAAAAAAUGUCACAAAUGUGGCACGUGUGGGAAAACUUUUAGCAAGACCUCGCAGCUCAUUAGCCACAAGCGAUUCCAUACUCGAGAGAGGCCCUUCAAGUGCACGAAGUGUGGGAACACCUUCAGGUGGGCUUCCAAUUUGGCUCGGCAUAUGAAAAUGCACAUUAAUGAUUAGCGUGGGGCCUGACGGUGGGAGAGAGGGCUCCUGGCUGUCCUGCUGGAGAACCCUGAGUGUAGGCAAUGUGGGGAAACCGUCAGAGAGGGCCCAGCUCUUUCUCUUUUAGAAGCUAAUCACAGAGAAUCCUGAGGAUUCAGAAAUUCAGGAUCCCCUAAUUUUUACCCACUAGGAAAUGAGACGUUUUUUGGUGACCUUCUGGAGACUCAGGCCCUCAGGAUUGGCCUUUGUACCAUGGCCUGGAGCUGCCCCAACCAGAUCUUCUUCCAUAACUCUAAAGGGAGAGACAGCCCUUUUGGUUUGACAAAUGUCUGUGGUGUGGUGGGCUGUGGCUGCUGGGAAGGGGCCGGUUGGAUCCUAGGUUUCCCUCCGAGUUUCACCUAUGUUGGUGCCUAUUCUGUUUGACCUUAUAAGCAACAGCAGCAGCAGGAACUCGUAGUCUCCCCAGAUGCCUUCCAGGGAGUUCUGGCUGCGCCUUCAGCCUACAACUGGCUUUGGAUAUUUGCUGUGGGAGGCAAGUGGAGGAGAGCAGGACGCUGGGCUAGUCACCUGGAGGAUGGAGUGCUCCCGUGCCGUCGCCAUCUCCACCCCACAGGUGUGCGUGGGCAGCGGAGAUCAGUCUGUUAAACAGAAAUGUGCUGAGCUCCUCCCACGUGGUGGACACUGGUGUGUGUACCAGAGGCCCAGCAGUGACAAGAACAAACAAAAGCUGCCGUCUUGGAUCUUUACAGACGAUAAACAUGAGAUCCAUGGAGUAUUUUGGUUGGGGGUGGUGGUGUUGUGGACAACAUGCAUCGGGGAAGAGUCAGAGGACAUGCUGGAUUGGGAGGUGGGUUGUGAUUUUAAGGAGGCUGGUCAUGAGGGGCCUCAACUGAGAAGGUGAAAUUUGAGCAAAGACCUGGAGAUCAGGGAGUGAGCUCUGUAGGUCUCUAGAACCACACCCAGAAGGUGGGCUCCUGUCUGGUUCCUCGGAGUGACUGGAGGCCUCUGGGCUACAGUGGCGAGUCAGCUGGAAUAGGGGCCCAGAGAGGUGGUGGGCUCAGCUGCGUGAGCAUGGGGGUCCUCGCUGGGGCUGGGCUGCUUUUGGACUAUUUGAGUUGAGUGAUGUGGUCUGAAUGUGAAUUACAUUUUACAAGAGUUAACCACAGACACAAGGACUCACUAAAAUGAUAUAGCUGAAAAUUUUUUAUGCAGUUAUCCCUACUGCCAGCCUCCAUGAGUGAACCCCCCACCUGCCAAGCGUCUGAAUAUUCUCUGAAUAUUCUGCAAGACCCCCAGCUCAGCAGGCGUAAGCAAUUGUGACAGCGUAAGCAGUUGUGACAGCACCUCUGGCCCCUGCACACUGCCCUGUGCUGUCCCCUUCACCCGCAGUGCCACACCCCCACCGUGCUGGCCCAGCUUUCCCUGACCCUCGUCCCUGCUGCUGGCUUAUCUGUUUGCCACGCAGAGGAGAUUUUGCACUAAGUUGCCCCUGUUAAGGAAGAGAGCUGAAUUUAGUUCAGUUGAGUCAUGAUUGGAAGUUUUUAAGAGGGUCUUUGAGUGAAAUGCUGACAAGGCUACCCACAGGUGCGCUCCUGCCCAAAAGGAGCCUGGCUCUGCGUGGUUCCAAGCCCUAGGGCACAGGUUGACAGUUUCCCACUGCCCCAGUUCUCAUCUCAAACCCAACUCUGCCCUGGAGGACACACCCAAUUUUCCAACCCUGCCCCGUCUUCUCACUCCCCAGCGAGGACUGAAGUUGGGGCUGAAGAGAGCCAGGUGGGCAGGGACUCCACCGAGAGCAGAGCGUCUGAAGGUCUUUUAUUCGGCCGUCUGGCGUGGUCAGCCCCACCCUUGUUGAGCACACGGGCAGCCCAGGCACGUGCAGAGAAGCAAGCACAGGAGAUGUGAAUUAGUAUGGAACAUCUCACACUCAUCACGUUGGCAGCUUUUUAAAAGCCCUGGUGUGGGUGUGUGGACCACUGGCAACUCAGUGCUGUGGGAGUGGAAAUUGUGAUGAUUGUGCAAAGCAAUUUGCAAAAUCUCGUAAAGUUGUGUGUACUCUGUCACCCAGUAAUUCUGCUCCUGGAUGAGCCACAGAGUAACGCCUUGCAACGAAGGAGAUGCUUUAAGACUGGGCAUCGUGAUAUUGUUCGUUGCAGUAUUGCUAAAAUAGCAAGAUUGGGUAAAGCCUACAUUCUCAUCAGCAGAACAGAGAAAUACGUAGGUGGUUUCCGGUACUUUGGGAAGCGAAUGUGAGAGAGCAAGAGUUGCAUCUUUCACAGAUGAAUCAAAUUGCUGAGGAAGUGGCGGGAGCUACAGACGGGGACCCUUUCUGCAAAGUCAACACUGUAUCUGGGGUACCUUACUUAAACCUCUCACUUUUUAACCUCACAGGGUGCCUGGGGGUGGGGAUGGUUAAUGAAAUAAUGUAUGUAAAGUGAUUAGGACAGCGGCAGGAGUGGGAGCAUUGCUGGCAUAUAGUACACCGUGUUGUUACCAUUUUGCACAAUAAUAUAUUUCCUGUGGAUGCAAAUUAUAUGAAUUCAGAGUAUAAAAUCAUGUAUUGGAACGAAGUGUUAAAGUCCUGCUCUGCCCGCCUGGGCAGGAGUUGCUGAUGAAAUCGGUAACUGGAGGCUUCACUUGUGUUUUCUUUUUUAAAAUAGAUGUAGGUGGGUCAGCAUGUUGAUUUAACAGCACAGUGCAGUGGGUUCUUUUUUAAAACUAUUUGCUUAAAAUACUUAAAAAUAAAAAGUUUUUAAAGUA